AUGACUGAGAUGCAAAUUCAGCACAGACUGUUUGCGGAUGUCAGGGCCUUUCGUGACUCGGAUUGGCAGAAGAGUCCUGCGGUGAAGGACUACGGCGAAGAGGAAUUAAAUCUCCUGGCCGAUGCGCUGGACGGUGACAGGUUUAAGAGGUUCUUUUGCUGCAUCCUGGACAAGUAUGUCGGAAAGCCCUCUCGUUCGCUUUGCCCUAAGGGGUCAAUCGAAACGAAUGUGUUUCCUGAAUACAAAGCGUUCAAGAGCCACAACAGUGGCGAGUUCCUCCCUUCAAUUCGUACAGGCCAGAGCACGGCAAAGCCAAAGACAUUGAAGAAAGCGGAAGAUGCCAACCUCACCCGCGCCUUUGAUCCUCGAAGACAGUGUCGCUUCAUUAUGGAAUCGGUAUGCACCCCUCUCAGCCAAGUUGAGACUUUGGGCGAGGCUGUUGAUAUUAUAAAGGUGCUUAUGACCGGUCUCCGUAUUAUGUUCUGCGCGGGCUGGAUUCACAGAGACAUUAGUCCAGGCAACAUCCUUGCUUGGCGCGCGUCAGAAAGCGAGCCAUGGCAAGCCAAGCUCUCCGAUCUCGAGUAUUCGAAGAAACUCCCUUACACUGGGCCAGCUAGCCGGGACCCUAAGACUGGAACACCGUAUUUCAUGCCCUGUGAGGUUCUAAAAGGGGCAUAUUUCCUUCCCCGUUCCACCGUCAACUAUAGGGAUGACAACGAGUCAGGGGCGAAACCAGCCUGGGAUAAGGAAAACAGUGUUACCCCAAAUUACCAACACGACUUGGAGUCCAUCUGGUGGAUUCUUCUGUGGAAGUCCACGGCAAGGGCCUGGGAAGACGCUCCAAUUGAGCGAGACAUCUAUGUCUUCCAGAAGAGGGUAACAGACAUGUACACAAAUGCUCGGGCGGCUUGUUUUCGGGUUCCACUUGGCGAUGAGGCUAAAAUUAUGAGCCACGUCCCCCCGCGACUGGAAUUGUUUGUCGGGCAGCACCUAGAUUUUUUACGAUCUAGCCUGUACUAUGAGUACGAAUCUCGCGCCAAAGAGGACAGAGACAAUAUCGGGUCUUACUCUUGGGUUAUGAGUAAGCCGUUCACAAGAUUUUUCGCCAGAGUUGAAGAGUCGCGGGAGGAGUGGGGGAGUCUCAAAUUAGUGGUGGACAAACAGGUCAGGAAGAUGGAGGACUUGGAGUUAGUCAGCCAUACGGAUACUGACGAGCCCAGCACACCUGCGGGGGAAACCAUUGGAGUUUCUGAGGAAGGAGAAGCUACAAACAUAGAACACAAUGAGAGAGCUCAAGGUAGCGAGCAAGAUGUCGCUGAUCCAGAUAUCGAGGAAUCAACCAGCCGACCAAUGAAGCCAUCGGGAAAGAAGAGAAAGGCUACCGACGUAGAAGAAGACAAGGUCGUUGAUGGUCGCGGGACUGCAGCAAUUCACAGGGCCGAGGAAGAUGGUGAUGUUGACGACAAAGCGCAGUCGAGGCGUACGUCGAAGAGGCUCCGCUCGGCACGGGCAGACACACAAGAGAAACUGGCGGAUACGCACAUUGGAAGGGUGACUAGGUCGAUGACCAAGGCCACGACAGCGACCACGCAAGGAGGCAGUGCCGCCAACACCGAUAGCGUCAAACAAAACCACGGACUUUCGAAACAGAAGAAGAAUACGCGCCGCUAA